GCAUUAAUUUAUUGCAUAAAAUGGAAGAAAUUCCAGAAAAUAUUAUAAAAAACGCUGCAAAAGCUACGGAUGAUUUGUUGCCGAUAAAGUCAAGGGCAUAUUAUGAUAGAGAGUAUGGCAUAUUUAUUAUUUGGAAGGAUAAAAAUGCCAUUGCCAUCAUUAAUGAGGUAGCAGAGGGAUAUAUAGAAGAAAGUACCUCUUCAAAAAACAAGGUUGCUGAAAUGAUUGCGAGUUCAGUAUCUUCACGGGAACAUGUAGCAGGGAAUUCUUCAAUAGAAUAUCAUCAACAUCAGGAACUAAGGGGAGAAUGUUCGUUAUCAAACAUGUGCGAGACACAGAAGAAGAUCACUCCUAGAAGCUCGGACCAUUCUGUUGUCGGUUCAGCUUUAUUUUCAGGGACGUUUGAAAAUUGUAAUUUUUAUUUUGGAGAUAAAGUUUAGUUCACGGGUA